GCCGCCUGCCUCGCUGGGGCGCUGGCAGUGCUGGCGGGGCCGGGACCGGGCAGCUCCGUCUGGGGCGGCCGGCGGCCCCCCCGCAGCUACGGGCACCUGGAAGGCGACGUGCGCUGCCGGCGGCUCUUCUCCGCCACCCGCUUCUUCCUGCGCAUCGACGGCGGAGGCAGCGUGGAGGGGACGCGCUGGAGGGAGCGGCCGGGCAGCAUCGUCGAGAUCCGGUCGGUGCGUGUCGGCGUCGUGGCCAUCCGGGCGGUGCACACCGGCUUCUACCUUGCCAUGAACAAGCAGGGGCAGCUCUACGGGUCGAAGGAGUUCAGCCCCAACUGCAAGUUCACGGAGCGCAUUGAGGAGAACGGCUACAACACCUACGCCUCGCUGCGCUGGCGGCACCGGGGCCGCCCCAUGUUCCUCUCGCUCAAUAGCAAGGGCAGGCCACGGCGAGGGGGCAAGACGCGCCGGCAGCACCUCUCCACCCACUUCCUCCCCAUGCUCGUCGGCUGAGCCCCUCAGGGUGGCGGCUCCUGGACAGUCCUGUAGGGGAAAAAAAAAAAAAAUCGGGAAAAAAAGGGCUAUUUUAUAUAUGUACAUAUCUGUAUAUAUAUAUUUUUUUGCUAUUUAUUGUUUUGGUUUUUUAACUGCACGG